AUGGCUGCUGGUCCGGUGAGGCGGCCUGCGAGGUCAGUGGACAGGAAACCCCUCCAUGAAGCUGCAGGCUACAGGAACCGGCUGCAGAACCACAACGAUGAACUUUGUUCAGGCCUCAGAUCUCCACCCGAGGGCAGCAGAGCUCCCUUCUGCCUCCACCCUGCACCCUCUACCCUGCACCCUCUACCCUGCACCCUGCAUCCUCCACCCUGCAUCCUCCACCCUGCACCCUCUACCCUGCACCCUACACCCUCCACCCUGCAUCCUCCACCCUGCAUCCUCCACCCUGCACCCUCUACCCUGCACCCUACACCCUCCACCCUGCAUCCUCCACCCUGCACCCUGCAUCCUCCACCCUGCACCCUCUACCCUGCACCCUGCAUCCUCCACCCUGCAUCCUCCACCCUGCAUCCUCCACCCUGCACCCUCCACCCUGCAUCCUCCACCCUACAUCCUCCACCCUCCACCCUACAUCCUCCACCCUGCACCCUCUACCCUGCACCCUCCACCCUGCAUCCUCCACCCUCCACCCUGCAUCCUCCACCCUACAUCCUCCACCCUGCACCCUCUACCCUGCAUCCUCCACCCUGCACCCUCCACCCUGCACCCUCCACCCUGCAUCCUCCACCCUGCACCCUCCAUCCUGCACCCUCCACCCUGCACCCUCCAUCCUGCACCCUCCAUCCUGCACCCUCCACCCUACACCCUCCAUCCUGCAUCCUCCACCCUGCACCCUCCAUCCCGCACCCUCUACCCUGCACCCUCCAUCCUGCACCCUCCACCCUGCACCCUCUACCAUGCACCCUCCACCCUCCACCCUGCAUCCUCCACCCUUUACCCCCUACCCUCCACCCUGCACCCUCCACCCUGCACCCUUUACCCUCUACCCUCCACCCUGCACCCUCCACCCUGCACCCUCUACCCUCCACCCUGAACCCUGCACCCUCUGCCCUCCACCCUGCACCCUCUAGCCUCCACCCUGCACCCUCCACCCUGCACCCUCUAGCCUCCACCCUGCACCCUGCACCCUCUGCCCUCCACCCUGUAGCCUCCACCCUGCACCCUCUGCCCUCCACCCUGCACCCUCUCCUCCAACCUGCACCCUCCGCCCUGCACCCUGCACCCUCUAGCCUCCACCCUGCACCCUCUAGCCUCGACGCUGCACCCUCUGCCCUCCACCCUGCACCCUCUACCCGGCACCCUCCACCCUGCACCCUCUACCCUGCACCCUCCACCAUGCACCCUCUACCCUGCAUCUUCCACCCUGCAUCUUCCACCCUGCAUCCUCCACCUCCACCCUGCACCCUCUACCCUCCACCCUGGACCCUCCAUCCUGGACCCUGGACCCUGCAUCCUCCACCCUGCAUCCUCCACCUCCAUCCUGCACCCUCUACCCUCCACCCUGCACCCUCUAGCCUGCAUCCUCCACCCUGCACCCUACAUUAUCCACCCUGCAUCCUCCACCUCCACCCUGCACCCUCUACCCUCCAUCCUCCACUCUCCACCCUCCAGGUAUUUUUAGCUCUCGUGAGACAGCAGAUCAGACGCAGCAGCAGCAUGAAGAACGUUAUUAUCGGAAAACUGUUCCUGCAGCUUCACAAACUGAAUGGACACUAA